UUGACAUUAAUGAUUGAGUUGUCAGUGUAUAGCGUUAGCGUUGUUGCCGUUGUUUGUAGAUUUAUGUAAACAGCGGUUAUUUGUAGUUAAGGCUUUUAAAAUUAAUAAUCAGCAAAAUGGGUGAACGUUACAACAUUCACAGUCAAUUGGAGCAUCUUCAAAGCAAAUACAUCGGUACAGGACACGCGGACACAACUAAAUACGAAUGGCUGACGAACCAACACAGGGAUUCUUGCUGCAGUUACAUGGGCCACCCAGAUUUAUUAAGCUAUUUUGCCAUUGUCGAGAAUGAGUCGAAGGCCCGAGUUAAGUUCAAUCUGAUGGAAAGGAUGCUACAACCUUGCGGUCCUCCACCAGAAAAGCCUGAAGAUUAAACACUGUAGUUUAUAGGUCCUUUUAAUUAAAGUGGUAUUAAUAAAGUUAUAUGUAAGGA